UUUUGGGAGGAUGGAGGAGGAGCAGAGGCUUCGGGGGAGGCUGAGCCGCCGCAGGCCACCGGCAAGGGGCGGCUGCCGCCCCUGGUAUCUCAUGGAGGGCAAUAAGAGUGAGCCAUGGGCUGCUCUGCUGCGUAGCACUGUGAGCGGGGACGAGGAUUUGAGCCCCAACAGUCAGCCAUUGCCACCACUGCCUACUUUUGCCAGCCAGGAGUCUCUGCCUGACCCAGAGCCCACUGUACCUCCUGAGGUCUUCACUGUGGGAUCCAAGACUUUUUCCUGGACGCCUUUUCCACCUGCCCUUGGUGGCUCUGGAAAUGCCUACCAGUUGUUCCAUGGGCCUAGAGGCUCCUUGGGGUCCCCCAUCCCAUCCUUGAAAAGAUGUCCUGCACCAGAUUCCUGUCAGACUCCCAUCCUCCAAGAGUGUAUGUCUGUGCAGAGUACACCUGUGUUGCUGAGCUGCCCAUUGUGCCAGAAGGCAUUUGAUCCAACGCUGGCCCAGCUGGAUGUGGAUAGCCACCUUGCUCAGUGCUUGGCUGAAAGCACAGAAGACAUGGUAUGGUGAGCUGCAGGAUGCUUCUCCUGUCCCCUCCUUCCAGCACACAUACUGACAUAGGGAUGUGACUGCUGAGAUGUGUCUUCGUGUGGACACCCGAGCAUAGGCUCCUCUGGUUUUGUUUGUGGGCACUGGGCAUAAUGCUGAUCACUGUGGUGCCGACGGUGGUAGGUCCUCUAUGAUGGCUCCUUUCUUGUCAACUUAACUGGGUUUGGAAUCACCUAAGAGACAGACCUCAGGGUGUGUCUGUGAAGCUGUUUCCAGAGAUUAAUUGAGAAAGGAAGAUCCACCUUGAACGUGGGUGGUACCAUCCUGUGGCCUGGGGUCUCACUGAAUAAAAAAGGAGAAAUUGAGCUGCUUCUUGACUGGGGACGUGAUGUGCUUCUCACCUGUCACCACAGCUACACCUGGUUUUGCUACUGUAACGUCAGCCGUGAGCCAGAGUCAAUCUUAAGUUGCUUUGACCAAGUAUUUUGUCAUAGCAGGGAGAACCCCACCCAAGCAGGUGAGCCAGGAUCUGUCACAAGACAGAACAGGGUAUGUCUGCUCAAGUCAGCAUUUGUGCACAGGCUGGUACCUUCUGACUGCAAGAGUGAUACUGGAUUACAUUUCACAGACAUAAAAAAAAAAAGACAAUUAUA